AUGCUGUCCCACCCUUCCGUUGGAGUGUUUCUUACGCACAGCGGAUGGAACUCCGUGAUAGAGAGUAUCAGCUUCGGAAUUGCUAUGCCGGGAUGGCCAUAUUUUGUGGAUCAGUUUCUCAAUUGCAGAUUUGUCAAAGAUGUGUGGAAGAUUGGGAUGGACUUUGAGGGUGUGGUUGUUGACGAAUAUAGAUUGGUUUCGAGAGAAGAGGUGGAGAAGGGGGUGAGGAGGAUUAUGGAAUGUGAAGAGGCAAGGCAAAGGGUGUUGAAAUUGAAGGAGGUAACAGUUAAAGCGGUUAGCUCAGGUGGUUCUUCCUUCCGCAACCUGAACAAGUUUAUUCAGGACAUUACUCGAAUUGCCAUAUCUGUUAAGGGUUAA